AGUUCCCGCUCCCCUGCCUAUCCCAUUGGUUUGGCCCAAUGCCUGCUCUCCACGUUCAUCUCACCUGCGCAUUGCGCAACACGUUCAGUUAGUUAUGCGGCUCAGUUCAUCAGUAGUUGUUGAACUCCAGUAAGAACUCUAUUUUAUUCACUUUAAAUGAAGUGAUUCUUUAUAAUGUAGUUGAUGCUGAUUCAUUACUGUAAUACAUUAGUUGUUUCAAAAAAUGCUGAUUACCGAUGUAUUUUUCCAUGAAUCUGCUAUGUUAGUGAUUAAAACGUUACUAAGCUAGUUAACGUUAGCUUGUUGCAUAGGACUUCACACACUGCCGAGGCCGUUUCUCGUUCAUUGUUAUAUUUUUAACGACCUGUCAUGAUGUGAACAUUAACCGCAACACUUCGCCACCGAUCCCGCCAUUCAGGUCCCGUGUCACACACAGCCGCGAACACACCGGUUACAGUUUUGUGAUGUUGGCACUUUAUCUAAUGUCCACAUAAGGUGCUCAGCUUUCAUUCAGUGGGAGAAGGUCGUUUUCUCAGCAUCUAUUGUGUUCAGUAUGUGCGCAGCGGAUAAGAUAAACAUUCAGUUUACUGAAACUCGGGCGAUUCAUCAACGAGUACAACACAGAAUGUAAGUUUGUUUGGGUACACGAACAUGAACAAAGUUUGUUAGCGGAGAUUGAGCACUACAGGGGAAAAUAACAACCACUCAAUGAUGUCGAUGUACGGUUACUUUGUCAAACAAUGUUGUAGUAUAAAUCAGGAUAACAUUUUAAAACUGUUUAAAAAGUGACUCAAUGUCAACAUGUAGUAUCAUGGGUAGUUCCUGUCUUCACAACAAAGACAAAACAUAUAUAUAAAUGGAAAAACCUUUAUUGUUCACAGUUCAAUUCAGUUAUAAUAUGUCUGCAAGUCUGCAUGAUAAACCUAUAAACCUAAUGCAUAUUGUCGCUUAGUGUCGUAGUAAGUACAAUUUUGACUGUAUUAUUUGUGUCCCCUUCAAAAAUUGCUCUUGAGAAAUGUUAUAUGUAUUGUCCCCCCCUACUGUUAAAUGAGAUUUACGCCCAUGCCUGUACCACUACACCCGCUAUCAUCGGAUCCUUCUUUCACAUUAUGUUAUUAUCCUAAUCUGUCCUCCCAUGUGAUUGGCCAAAUAAAGCCCCGCCCUACCUGCGGCUCAAGAUUCGGCUCUCCCCGAUGGGAGUUGGCUUUUUGUUAGCUACAAAGAAUCGGCUCUUAGUGCCGGCUCGUUCGCGAACGACACAUAACUAAUGCAUGACAACAAAAAGUACCAUUGAGAAGGAUAAGUAUGGAGUUUAUUUAACUUGAAAUAACUGGUACAAUGGGAAUGGUUUGGAUUUAUUUAAAACAAAUUGUCAAUACUUACAUUUAUUUUCUUCAUACUACUGAAAGUGUUAUUUGUUCAAAUUACUUAAAAAAGCUGCGUCAAGUGGUUCCACAUAACAAUAUUAAGUAAAUAUAACAAAUCCAUCUUUUGAGUGUACGUAUUGCAUGCCUCGCAUGUUUGAAGAGUAUUUAGUUUGAUCAAAUUUAUGAAAGAGAGAUACAGCUUUACGAUAAUCUCCGGAAAAACUCGAGCUGCUAGAGGUGAGACUAGAUUACCGAUUGCAAAUCGUCGGUUUGCUUGUGGACGGGCUCUUUCGCCUUUAUCUUGCAAUGCUUUUCUUUUAGAAUGGAAUUUAUGAAAGGAAUAGGAUCCCUGUGAUGACAAAGGGAUCCAGAAUUAGAAAAAACUUUCCAAAACAAUUUGGAGUGCUGGGGGAGUGUAUCAAGUACAGAAAUACUACGUCAUACGUCCAACUUGACCAUGUUAAGAGUGAGAAACCAGCAUAUUUAACAGAGUGCAUGACCAAUCAAUAGCUCUGCUUUAAAGCCUCACCCUGUUGUGAUUAUCCAUAAAAGACCAUUGAAAAGGGCUUGUCAUGUUAUUCACCUCCUGACUGACCAAACAUGCAUCUGAACAUCUUCACGGUUCUAAUUUUCACUCUUCAUGCGGAAGGACACGUGCUCAAAUGUUAUAACUGCACAGAUCUGUUGGGUCCUUGUGUGAAGGAAGAGAUGAUGUGUUCCACUCAAGAGGCUUUAUGUUCAAGUCAAACAACUGUACAAUCCAUUGGAAACGCUUCACAAAGCACGAAGAUAAAAAGCUGUACAGAGCCAAAGAUGUGUGUUAAUGGAUCUGUCAACUUCGGCAUUACAAGAACAGCAACAACUAUGCAGUGCUGUUUCACAGACCUCUGUAAUAGCCGAGAUGUUUCAGAUUCCAGCUCUAACACCCUGAAUGGAAAACAAUGUUACUACUGUAAUAAGAAAAGUUGCGUUAAUAAAGUAAACUGCGCAGGAUCUGAAGACCACUGCAUUAAAGCAAAAGUAAAUUCGGAAUCUAUGUCAAUGACUGUUAAGGGAUGUGCAUCCAAAUCCAUGUGUGAUGUCCCAUCACAAAUAUCUCAAGUAUAUUCAGACAUCUCAUGCUGUGAGGGGAAUCUGUGUAACAGCGCUAAGAGCAUCACUCAGAACCUCCUCAUUCUCCUCUCAUGGCCGUUCAUCUCCUACAUCAUGUUUCACUGAAUUCAGCAGAACAUCACACUCGGCGAAUUUGACACAUUUAUACUUUGUGGUAGGACUAAUAAAAAAUUCUGAAUAGGGAAAAGAUACUGAAGACUUAUAAAUUCAACUACAAAAGACAAACAUCACUCAAUAUGACCUGAAUUUUCAUUGUGUUUUUUAUGAUGUUAACCCUUUCAUACAUGAAUUAUGAUGAUCUGAUUAGUUUUUCUUUAGUGUUUUUAUUGUUUUUAGACCAUGGGAAAAACAAGAUUUUGAUCACUUUGUGAACAUCUAAAGAGAUGACAGUGUACAGAUUCACUGGUGUCCAUUAGUGAUUUGACAGUAUUGCACAUGUACACAAUGAUGCCGAUAAAGCACCUUUGAAUUCAAAUUUGGACAUACAGUAUGUAUUUUUUCCCAAGGGUAUUACAUUUCUGUUUUUGGGUUUAAACUACACUGAUCUGCACAUCAGGGCAAAAAAUCAUAGCACAUAAUAAAAUGACAUCAAAUGA